AUGUCGUCCAGAGUGACUCGCUCGUCUGCGAGGCAAUCAUCAGGCUCCUCGCCCAGCAACCAGCCCAAUCCCCCCGCCCCGCCGCCUCCGCCCGCGCGUGCUGGCUCGACGAGGAAGCGGAAGGCCUCUGCCCGCGAGCCCAGCCCCGACGAGCCCCCAGCGCAGCCCGAACCGCCUGCUCGCGCCGGCCGUUCUAAGCGCACAAAAGUAGAGCAGCAGGACCCGCCUGCUCCCUCCGCUGCUCGCUCCAAGAAGGGCAAAGGCAAAUCGGCCAUGUCUACACCGGGACAGCCAACCGACAGCCCAGAGGAGAAGGCGCAACCGUCAUCGUCAAAACGCGGCAAGAGUAAUCGUAGGAGCGGAGGUCAAGGUGACGAACCCCAGCGACCUCCGAAACUCCCCACAGCUAAACCCGGUACAGACAGUGCGCCCUCUUCCUCGUCCCGACGAGGCUCCCGCAAAUCGAACGCUAAGAACGACGAUGAUGUAGCUAUGGAGGACGCACCUGGUAUGAACGAGACACCACAAGGAGGUUCCGGCCCUGGCCGGCCUGACACAAGCGAUGGCAGCAACGUCGAUGGUCAGGAUAUACAUUACGAUGAGGAUGAGGACGACGAUGACGACGACCCCUUCGGCAGUGGCUUCCUAGGGCGUCAUCCGGGAGGUCUUUCUGCCUUGCGGCACCUUACUGGCAUGGCACAGCUGAUGAGCAACACGAACAAUCGGCUACGAGGCAUACUGGAGCAGCUGCAGUCACAAGACCCAACGAUCCAGAUGAUAGCGCUCCAAGAUCUUUCCGAGGUUUUAUUGAUUUCUACAGAGGACAACCUGGCCGGGCACUUCUCGCCAGAUGCGUAUGUGAAAGAGCUUGUCAAAUUGCUGCAACCCAACGAGUUCACGGGUGAAGAAAACCCGGACAUAAUGCUCCUUGCUUGUCGGUGUCUGGCGAACUUGAUGGAAGCCCUCCCUCAAGCCACCGCUAACGUCGUUUACGGCGGCGCUGUACCAAUACUAUGUUCGAAGCUACUCGAGAUCCAAUAUAUCGACCUCGCGGAGCAGUGUUUAAGCACACUGGAGAAGAUUUCUGUCGAGUUCCCAGCGUCCAUCGUUCGCGAGGGUGGCCUUACUGCAUGCUUGACAUACCUCGACUUCUUUGCUACAGGCACUCAGCGAACAGCGGUCACGACAGCCGCAAACUGCUGUCGUAACAUACCCGAAGAUUCGUUUGCUACCAUUCGCGACGUCAUGCCCAUCCUCGGAAAUAUCUUGAAAAACAACGACCAGAAAGUUGUAGAGCAAGGUUGCAUUUGUGUCUCUCGAAUCGUACAGAGCUUCAAGCAACAAGACAGCAAGCUCGAGGAGCUCGUCAGCCCUGAGCUGCUGCGAGCGAUCCUCGGGCUUCUUCUGCCUGGUACAACCAAUCUCAUCGGCCCGAACAUUCAUACUAUGUUCCUUCAGGUUCUCGCAUACACAGCAAAAGCGAGCCCGCGCCUUUCAGCCGAGCUUUUCAAAUUGAACGUGGUGGAUACACUUUACCAAAUAUUGACCGGUGUAUCUCCGCCCGCCGGGACCGAAGAUAUCGCCACCAAGAUUGAUACUGUCGUUAUCAUGCAAGCGCUCAUUCACCGGCCCAAGGACCAAGUUUUCGAGACGCUGAAUGUUGUCUGCGAGCUUUUGCCAGCUGUGACAAGGGAAGACCUGACUUAUCUGGACGAUCUCGUUGACGCUGGCUAUCCUGGUGAGAAUGCACCCCCACUCUCCGCUUCCCGAACGUCCAACGCAGCAGGUGAUAACCGCCUGGAGCUGCUUGAAGAUUGUAAAGAGCAAGUCAAGCGUUUUGCCGUCAUCUUACUUCCCACUUUGACGGAUGUGUAUUCAAGUACGGUCAAUCUGAACGUCCGACAAAAGGUCUUGACAGCACAGUUGAAGAUGCUCUCCAACCUGGACACUGAUAUCCUUGAAGAGUCUCUACGCGCUGUCCCAUAUGCAUCGUAUCUUGCGUCCAUAUUCUCACAACAAGAUCAUGCGACCCUGGUUACGUAUGCACUCCAGGCGGCUGAGCUCCUAUUGAAGCGUCUCGAACCAAUAUACCGGUACCAGUUCUAUCGCGAAGGUGUUAUAUCUGAGAUCGCAAAACUGGCCAGCCGUCCGUGCAAGACUCUGGAGCUGCGACCAAAGGGGUCGCGAACUACGAUUGAAGUUGAAGCGGCGGCCGACUCUAAUGCCAGUUCUAGCUCCACUGGCGAAGUAGACAUGGAUCAAGACAUUGAAGAAGAGAUUGAUGUGGAGGUACAUUCAGAGGACGAGGAGGACGAUCAUGGAAACGACGAUGAUGAGCCGCACGACCACAGCGACAAUCGAGAGGAUGAUGACGACUCAGAUUCAUCCUCCUCCUCAGAACAUUACCACCCACCUCCGAUGCCUAAUGCCGAAGACAUCAUUACGCUACGGGCCAAGAAGUUCAUUGAAGUUCACGAGAACGAUGAUGCCAAAGCCAUUAGGGACAAGGCUACUGACAUACUGGAGACCCUAAAGUCUCUUGCCACGGAGAUUCGUCAAUGCGUUCUUCAAGGUGGUUCGGGAAAUUGCAUCGAGCUGUUCACGCGCUUGGCCGCAUACUUUGAGGGCGACGCACUCGAGAGCAUCACCAGCUACGAGCUUAUGUCGUCCAACAUAGUAGAUGUGUUAUUGGACGUGUUCACUACCGAACCUGCCAAAGGUGUGGAGCCACACGCUUUGUUCCUCGAAGCAUUCAUGGGCACCAGCAGUAAGAAUAAGAUCAAAACUGCUAGCAGCGCCUCGCCUGCCACCCCUUUCAGCGUGCUGGUUAGCAAACUCCAAGACUUGCUGAGUAGGGCUGAGCACUUUGAGGUCAUUACUGUCCAUCAGCAUUCAUAUGAUAGCCGUGGCAGCGCGACUUCCAUGCUGGCCAAACAACUACGUUUGAAGCUCAUGGCCGAUGACGAAUCUGGCAUCCCGAAGACGUACCGCAACAUGAUGGUGUCAAUUCAUGCUAUUGCAACGUUCAAAGCCCUGGACGACUAUCUACGCCCUCGCAUUGCCAUCGCCGAACGACCACGUCCGCCGCGGGCUCGUGACGCUGCCGCCUAUGCACAAGCGCUCGCUGAAGGACGUCUGCCCGUCCCGCCCCCCCCGCAUACUCCUUCUGAGUCGACGAACCGUUCCUCAGCGCGAAAGUCGAAAGCGAAAACGUCUGCAUCCACCCCAUCUGUACAAGCUGGCCCGAGUUCAGCUUCUCAAGAGAAACCGCGUCGAUCUAGUAGGCGACAGCAAGCACAACCGCCGCCGCCGCCGCCGCCCCCCCCACAAUUGAAUUCUGAUCACGAUCCCGUGGAAUGCGCGGAUGAGGAGCGCCUGUCUGAUCCUGAUUCCAUGGACGAAAGUAGCGCCUUGAAUGCUAUUAUGGAUGGUCUCGACGAUGACAUGGAUGAAGACCAGCCGGAUCCGUCGGCGGUCAGCGUCGAGGUUGCGCCUACAGGCAAGGUGACUGCCCGCAAAGAGGACGGCACCCGAGUGGCUACACCUGUGCAAAGUCAGACUCCAAGCAGACCGCCUGCGCAAGAGCGAAUGUCCACCCCCUCCCGACUUUCUUCGCUCCUCCGUGGUGCUGCUGCGCACCAAGGCCUCGCCGGUGCCCUAUCGUAUGCAGCCGCCAUGCAGUCCACUCCGCAAGAUUGGCAUAUCGAGUUCAGUGUUAACGACCAACCACUCUCGAAUGAUACGACCAUUUAUCGUGCUGUGCACUUUAGCCAAGGUCAGCCGGGAGAUGCACCACAUCGUACCGUGUGGAAUGCAAUCCACACCAUCAAGUUCAAACGCGUGUCUGGCCCGCCCCCAACAGAGUCCAGUUCGAUUACACCACCUUUGGAGUCGAAGAGCGGUACUGCAGGGAUUCCGCAGUCGUUGAGCGAUCAUCCCAUCACUACUGGCAUCUUGCGUUUGCUUAGCAUUCUGCAUAACCUCAACGCGAACAUGGAUGACUUGAUCUCGGACAACCGAGUCCAGCUCAAGGCCAAUGCAGAACCGUUAUCGCAGUUUGUCAAUACGAAGCUGACUGCGAAGCUGAAUCGUCAGCUGGAGGAACCUUUGAUCGUGGCAAGCAACUGUCUUCCGAGCUGGAGCGAGGAUUUGGCACGCCUCUAUCCCUUCCUAUUCCCCUUCGAGACCCGGCACCUGUUCGUUCAAUCAACCUCGUUUGGGUAUUCGCGAUCUAUGACGCGCUGGCAGAACGCCCAACCGGCAACCGACAGUAGGCACGACCGCCAUCGUGAUGAGCGGCCUUUCCUUGGACGCCUACAGCGACAAAAGGUCCGUAUCUCGCGUGCCCGGAUCCUCGAGUCAGCCAUGAAAGUGAUGCAUCUCUACGGAUCAUCUCCCAGUGUAUUGGAGGUAGAGUACUUUGAAGAAGUCGGUACAGGGCUCGGACCUACCCUGGAAUUCUAUUCUUCAGUGUCAAAAGAAUUUUCGAAAAAGAAGCUGAAGCUGUGGCGGGAGAACGAGUCCAGUGGGGACGAUGAGUAUGCUUUUGGAAAGCGCGGUCUCUUCCCUGCGCCGAUGAGCACGGCUCAAGCUGGCACUGAAAAUGGCACGAAGAUCUUGGAGCUCUUCAAGACAUUGGGCAAGUUUGUUGCACGCUCAAUGCUGGACUCGCGGAUUAUCGAUGUGUCCUUCAACCCAACAUUCUUCCGCGUCGGCGAUGGCACCGUUGCUGUUGCGCCUUCUCUAGGGGUUAUCAAAUCUGUCGACUACGAUCUGGCCAAAUCGCUCAAGCUGCUGAAGCAGUUUGCUGAUGCAAAGAAGCAGAUUGAGGGAGACGACAGCUUGACGGCCGCCGAGAAAGCUUCCGCUCUCAAGGAUGUCGUCUUCCAAGACUGCCACGUGGAAGAUCUUGGCUUGGAUUUCACGCUUCCCGGGUAUCCCAUUGAGCUUGUCGAGGACGGUGCGGACAAGCAAGUCACGAUCGAAAAUGUGGAAAUGUAUGUCGAGAAAGUUCUUGAUCUGACGCUAGGAUCUGGAGUUCAGCGUCAGGUAGAAGCCUUUAGGGCAGGCUUCUCCGAAGUCUUCCCAUACUCCGCUUUGCGGGCUUUCACCCCGGACGAGCUCGUCAUGCUCUUUGGACGUGUGGAUGAGGACUGGUCUCUCGAAACUUUGAUGGAUUCAAUCAAGGCAGACCACGGAUACAACCUCGACAGUAAGAGCGUUCGUAAUCUUUUACAGACAAUGAGCGAGUUCUCGGCCACUGAGCGCCGCGACUUCCUCCAGUUCAUCACUGGUAGUCCGAAGCUUCCUAUCGGAGGUUUCAAGAGCCUCACGCCGAUGUUCACCGUGGUUUGCAAGCCGAGCGAGCCGCCUUAUACGUCAGACGACUAUCUUCCGAGUGUCAUGACAUGCGUCAACUACCUCAAGAUGCCCGAUUACAGCAGUAUGCAGAUUCUCCGUGAGAAGCUCCGUGUUGCAAUUCAGGAGGGCCAGGGCGCCUUCCAUCUUUCCUAA